AUAACGUGCUUGUUAAUUGUAGUUUUUGAAAGCUGUCAAGCGUAAUGAGAACGCAUAAAAUUUUAUUUCAAUUCCUGCAGCGCCCAGUGCUGUUCCUGCUAAGAUACCUCUGGAGUCUUCCCUUGCGCUUAGCGAAAACCAUGAGCAAGAUGAGGAUGAGCAACAUUAAGGAUGAGGUGUUCGCCGAUUACCUGGCCACGGCCAGUAGUUCACCAGCUGAGGAUCGGACGGUCGAAAUCACGAAUCUGUUGGUCAACUAUUUGCCAUUCGAUAUGCUGGAAAAGGAGCUGCACGACCUGUUCGCCAGUUUCGGGCAUAUUAAGCACGUUAAAAUCAUACGGGAUGCCGCAACGGGCGCCAGCCAUUGCUACGGAUUUGUCGACUUUAGCGAGGCCGGCAAUGCCAAUUUGGCUCAGGUGUGUCUGAACGGGCGCCAGGUGCGCGGCAAGCGGCUGAAGGUGUCGCCGGCGCGUCCCUCCACGUUGGACAUUAGGAAUGCUAAAGUCUAUGUAGCCAAUUUGCCCAUGGACUACAACGAGCAGAAGGUUAGGGCCACAUUUGGACAUUAUGGCAAUAUCCUGGAUUUGAAUGUGCUCAAGGACAGAUUCACGGGCCUGUCCCGCGGCAUUGCCUUUGUGCGUUUCGAGCUGAAGUCAUCCGCCGAUAUGGCCAUAUCGGUUAUGAAUGGCUAUACGCUGGAGGGUGGCAGUUUUCCGCUGCAGGUCAGGUUGGCCAAGCGCCCCAAGGAUUGGGAGGCACCGAAGCCGCACAGAUCCGUGGACCGCGACCAAGAGCUGCCACCCAGACAGGCGGAGCGUGCAGCGAAAAUUCUCACGAAACGUAACAUGCCGGAACAGACCGCAGCUGGCAUAUCCAUGGACUCGGAUAAGCAGAAGUCGACGCAGUUCAAGCGUCCAAUGGUCUUUGGGUUUGGACAGAAGGCGGCUUCUGCGGAGGCUUCCGCAUCAAAGCCAACUCCCGGCGGCUACAAUCUCCUGAUGAAUGUCAACUUUGGCAGGGGUCGCAGCGUCCUGGCAGUGCCAAGGGAUGCCGCGCCAAUGGAUCCUGCAUCUAAGCAACCACUGUGCCCAGCUCCCAGUAAUGGCAAAUCCUCAGAUCCGACCCUCAAGUCGCAGUCGUCCCAGUAUUCGUCAGAUACCAAAAUGGACAACUUAUUCGAUGCCAUGAAGAGCAUGAAGAAUAUCCCGACAUCGCCGCACAAAAUGCUCUAUAAAUUUCCAUUCGGUCUCAAGCGCAACGAUCCGCCGGAGCCUGCACCUAAACCACAUGGCUUCUCCUUUAGCUGA